AAGACUUUAAUGGAAGGUGGUGAGUUUCCAAGUUUUAGUGACUUUGCAUCCUUUCUCUCUGUUGAAGCUGAAGUUGCAUGUAACCCAUUCACCUCCAUUCAUGCCCUUCGUUACUCUGAAACUAACAGCGACAAAAGAAACACAAGAGAACCAAAAGGGAACAAAGCAAGUGUUUUUAAGACAAAUUCAACGGAACAAAGUAACACACAGUCAAUAAUAAUAACAUCAAAGGAUUUUUCAUGUGUUCUGUGUCAGAUUGCACAUCCACUCCACAAGUGUCCAGACUUCUUAAAACUGUCUCUAGAAAACAGAAGAAAGUUUGUGAAGGAGAAAAAGCUUUGUUAUGGUUGUCUAAAACGAGGUCACAAUGCCAAAGACUGCAAACACCGCUUCAGUUGUGACACCUGCUCAAAGAGGCAUCCUACCUGUCUUCAUGACGACAAUUAUUGGAACAGCCUACAAAAAGAGACACAAGUGAGUGUAAAUAAUGGAACUCAAGUUAACUCACCUGCAGCAGCGACGGCUAUGUCACUCAAUGUUGCCAGACCUGAACACACAAUCAGCACAUCAAUGAUAGUUCCAGUGUGGCUGUCAACUGCUAACAACCCACUCAAAGAAAAACUGGUUUAUGCGCUAUUAGACACGCAGAGUGAUGCUGUCUUCAUUGAUCAGGAUGUAACACAUGAGCUGCAGGCAGAUGUUUGCCCAGUAAAGCUAAAACUGACUACCAUGAUGGGAAAAAAUGCAGUUGUAAGCAGUGAAAGGGUGUCUGAUCUCUUGGUGAGAGGCUAUAACUCAGCCACAGUCAUAAAGCUUCCUACGGCAUAUUCAAAGGACUGCAUCCCUGCUAACAGAGAACACAUACCCACAUGUGAAACAGCCAAACAGUGGAGUCACUUGCUGCCCAUUGCAGAUGAAAUCCCUCCACUUCUCAGUUGUGAGAUAAGUCUCCUCAUAGGUUAUACUUGUCCUAGAGCUCUAGCACCUAAACAAGUAAUCUUAGGAAAAGAUAAUGAACCUUAUGCUCUUCGGACUGAUUUGGGAUGGAGCAUUGUUGGCAACUCAGACCCCGAAGAGAAAACAGACAUGACAACCAGGCUUUGUCACAGAUGCACCGUUAAAGAGGUUCCUCCUUCCACUCCAGCAGACGCAAUACGUGUAUUGGAAAGAGACUUUAAAGACGCUGAAAGAAAUGAAAAGACUGUGUCACAAGAGGAUCUAUUAUUCCUCCAAAAACUUGAGGAAGGCAUAGUACAAACGAAAAAGGGAAAUUAUGAAAUGCCAUUGCCGUUCAGGAAAAGACCACAAAUGCCAACUAACAGACAACUUGCUGAAAGCAGACUAAGUCAACUGAAACGCAAACUCAUGAAGGAUCAAAAAUACAAGGAGGAUUACAUGAAAUUCAUGAAUGAAAUGAUCAAAAGAGGUGAUGCAGAAGAAACUGACGAUAUUGGACCACCUGGUGAGACAUGGUAUAUACCUCACCACGGUGUUUAUCAUCCAAAGAAACCUGACAGGUUGCGCAUAGUUUUUGACUGUUCAGCUAAACACAAUGGUACCUGCCUUAAUGAUCAUUUACUAAAUGGCCCUGACAUGAUCAACAGUUUAACUGGUGUUUUGGUGCGCUUCAGACAGCAUAAAGUCGCUCUAAUGUGCGACAUUGAAAAAAUGUUCCACCAGUUUCAGGUUAAGGAAGAUGAUCGCAACUAUUUGCGCUUCUUAUGGUGGAAAGAUGGUGACGUUAACAGCCAGCCACAAGCAUACAGGAUGACAGUCCACCUUUUUGGCGCUGCUUCAUCCCCAGGGUGUGCGAACUAUGGACUCAAACAUCUGGCUAAGGAAAACAGAUCUGCAUAUCCUGUAGGCUCACAGUUCAUAACCAGGGACUUCUAUGUAGAUGACGGAGUCACCAGCGUACAAAAAACUGAGGAUGCUAUUCAACUAGUAAAGGAAGCACGUGAGCUAUGUGCAAAGGGUGGAUUAAGGCUGCAUAAGUUUGUAUCCAACAACACUGAUGUUUUAAACAGCAUCCCAACAUCAGAGCUGGCAACAGAUACAAAAACAAAGGACUUGACAUUCAAAGAGGCACAAACAGAAAGAGCCCUUGGCAUUUAUUGGAAUGUAGAGAAAGACUGCUUUACGUUCAACAUCAUGCUGAAGGACCAACCCCCAACCAGGCGGGGCAUCCUAUCAGCAGUUGCAGCAAUAUAUGAUCCCCUCGGAUUUUUAGCUCCUUAUGUGCUCAACGGCAAGGGAAUUCUCCAAGAAAUGUGCCGUCAAGGAACAGACUGGGACGACCCAAUACCAGACCACCUCAGGCCACGGUGGGAGUGCUGGAAAGGAGACCUGCAAAAUUUAAAGAACGUCCAGAUAAACAGAUGUUAUGCUCCUGCAGAAUUUGGAGAAGUGAUCAAAGGAGAAUUACAUCACUUUUCAGAUGCAAGCACCGCAGGAUACGGCCAAUGUACCUAUCUUAGACUCACAAACAAAAACAAAGAAGUUUAUUGUGCCUUUGUCAUGGGCAAAGCACGUGUCUCACCCACAAAGGUCACCACUAUACCCAGGUUGGAACUCACCGCAGCCACAGUAUCAGUCACAGUGAGCAAAAUGCUAAAGGAGGAGCUGCUCUACGAUGAUGUAGAAGAGUUCUUUUGGACAGAUUCAAAGGUCACUUUAGGAUACAUAAAUAAUGAGGCAAGGCGCUUCCACACGUUUGUUGCGAAUAGAGUGCAGAAAAUACGGAGCCACACUUCACCGCAACAAUGGUUUCAUGUACCUACUGAUGAAAAUCCCGCCGACAUGGCUUCCAGGGGCACUUCUGUAAAGGAACUGCUUUCAUCCAACUGGCUCACCGGCCCUCAGUUUCUGUGGAAAGGAGAAAUACAGCUUCCAACAAGAAAGACUAUCGAGCUCCCAGUAGGAGACCCAGAGGUGAGAAAGGUGCAGACCCUAAACACUCAAGCUGUAAAACAUGCAAGUCUCAGUGACCACCUCACAAAGUUCUCCUCCUGGUCCCGUGCAGUUAGUGCUGUAGCACGUCUCAGACGAUAUCUGCUCAAAGACAAAUCAAAGACACUCACCACUGUAGCUGAAAGAAAAAUAGCUGAAACUGUGAUCAUCAAAGAUUUGCAAGGACAAGUGUAUCAAAAUGAAAUAGACACACUCAAAAAAGGCAAACAACUCCCAAAGAACAGCAAAAUAAGCAACUUGGAUGUUUUCAUAAACAAAGACGGUGUGCUCAAGGUUGGUGGAAGGCUUCAGCUUUCAUCUCUGCCCAAUUCAAUCAAACAGCCAACACUCAUUCCCGGAGAACAUCACAUUGCAAAACUGAUAAUCGCACAGUCUCAUGAAAGAGUUAAUCAUCAAGGAAAAGGCUUCACCAUGAAUGAGAUACGAUCCAGUGGCUAUUGGAUCCCAAAAUUGAGCCAAAGGGUUUCCUCCUACAUUCGGCAGUGUGUGUUCUGUCGUAAACAAAGAAGGCCUGUGGAAGGACAAAAAAUGAGGGAUUUACCCACAGAGAGGACUGAACAAUCUCCACCCUUCACCUACUGUGGUAUGGAUGUUUUUGGACCAUUUCUGACCAAACAAGCACGUAAAAAACAGAAAAGGUAUGGACUCCUUUUCACAUGCUUCUAUUCACGUGCAGUGCAUGUUGAAAUGUUAGAGGACUUAUCUACGGACACCUUUAUAAAUGGACUCAGAUGCUUCAUCGCUCUAAGAGGCUCUGUCAGACAAAUAAAAUGUGAUCAGGGUACUAAUUUCAUAGGUGCCAAAAACGAACUCAAUGCAGCACAAAGUGAAAUGGACACUGGCAAGCUAUCAGCCUUCCUUGCAGAAAAACAAUGUGAUUUUGUUCUAAACACACCUCACGCAAGUCACGCAGGUGGAGUAUGGGAACGACAAAUACGGACUGUGAAAAAUGUUCUCAACGCAACAUUGGCUCUCACUCCAGGUCGGCUUACUGACUCUUUACUCAGGACUUUUCUCUAUGAAGCAGCUGCAAUAGUAAACAGCCGCCCUUUAACUACGGACAAUCUUAACGAUCCAAACAGUCUGGAGCCACUAACUCCAAACCAUCUCAUCACAAUGAAAACUUCAAGUGCUCUGCCUCCACCAGGAACAUUCAUAAAAGAGGACAUGUAUGCACGAAAGCGGUGGCGCCAAGUUCAGUACCUUCUUGAGCAGUUCUGGAGCAGAUGGAGAAAAGAGUACCUUCAGAACCUUAUAGUGAGACAAAAAUGGCACACACCUAAAAGAAACAUGCAAAUUGGAGACAUAGUGAUGGACAAAGAUGACAUGCUACCACGCUCUCAAUGGAAACUUGGUCGAAUCGUGGACACUGUGCAGGACACUGAUGGACUUGUCAGAAAGGUCAAAAUAGCCUCUGCAGACAAAAAUCUAAACAACAAGGGCCAACGUGUCAGCAAAAUGUCUGUGGUAGAACGCCCUGUUCAUAAGUUGGUCUUGUUGUUAGAAGACUGUAAUGUUUGAAUCUACAAUGCUUUAAAGUGUUGGAAAAUGUUUUAUUUAUUCAUUUUUUGUUUUUGAAUUUUAUACAAAGUAUCUGUUAAGCUACUGUUAUUGUUAUGGAAAAAUUAUUUGUGUUUAUAUGUUCAAUAGUAAAUAAUUUGGUGGGAGUGUAAAGGUGAACUAUUUCUUUAUGUUUAACAACGGCAAAGGUAUACGGGCUUUUAUUUUGAUAGCGUCAUAGCAACCGUAGCCAAGUAGGGAGGCGCAACGGGCGCAACACAGAAGAAGCAAACGGAAAUCUAUUAGAAGUGAAGACGGAGCAAAGGAUAGGCUAUUAGCAGUUCACGGAGAAGAAUACAAAGAAAGUUUGAAGAAUACUUCUGUCUAGCUUCAGUUGAUAAGGGGAACAAGCUCUUACGUUGGUUGGUUGAUGAUACGGACGGCUCAAUAAAUCAUCAUUCACCAUCAGUUCCGGCCUUCUCGAUAUUGACUGAAUGCU